CAAAAACAAUCUAUAGGACACAAAAGCUGUAGUGAACAAUUUUUUGGUAAAUUUUUCCCUCUGUCCCGAGGAUACACUGGACGGUUGAAAUAUUUUUCAAAAUGGAAGCUCUAGAAUUACACACAUACAUAUUCAAGAGUCUGGAGAAUGUGUGGACCAACAAACUGUUGUGUGAUGUUACAGUUAAAGUUCAAGACGAAAUUUUUGAAUGUCAUCGACUCCUCCUGGCGGUCGCUUCUGAUUUCUUUCUGGCACUUUUUCGUUCUGGGAUGAAAGAAGUUACAGAGAAUGUCGUAGUUCUACACGACAUUUCUAGCGAAGCGUUUCAUUUGAUAUUGAAAGGACUAUACACUGGUGCCAAUGUUUUAAGUGCUGAGAACUAUAUCGAUGUGUGGAGAGCAGCUCAUCAGCUACAGAUUCAGACAGUUAUUCAACUAUGUGAAAAUUUUGCUAGUAAAAAUAUUACAGCGGAUACUUGGGAAACAAUAUAUACUAUUGCCACAAGUUUACAAUCAGAAAGAGUUCUCGCUAAGCUUCAAGAAUAUAUGGUAAAUAACUUUAAUGAAGUUUGUAUUUCCCCAAUAUUUCUACAACUCACAUUUGAAGAUUUACGGGAUUUAAUCAAAAGUCAGGACCUCGUAGUGAGCAGUGAAGAUCUGGUCCUGGAGUCUGUGAUUAGAUGGGUCACGUAUGACCCUAAAGUGAAGAAUGAGAGAAAAGAUUUUACAAAACAAACUGAUGAAGAUGCUUCCACGAGGGAAAGCACGAGUAAAAACGUGAUGUUGGAUAAAAUAGGCUCUAGGAAAGUUUAUCUGAAAAAACUGUUACGAAAAGUAAGAACUUGUCUUGUCAGUCCAUUAGUUUUAUCAAGCAUUCGUAAAAUGGAUUUUUUAUCGGAAGAUAGAGAUUCAAGAGAUAUCAUCGACUAUGCUAUAUCAUAUAAUGCUGAGGAUUUUAGACACUGUCAGUGUCCGUCAACAGCACUUACUAGAUCCUGUAGUGGGUACAUACAUGCUGGCGUUUACCUAUGUUGGUUUGGAAGAAUUCAUGCAAUAAACGCAAGCAAUGAAAAGUCCUAUAUUUUAUCUAGUUUACGUUGUUUCGACGGAGGUAUUCAAAUAGUGACAUAUGAUGGGAAGCUCUAUCUUGCAGGUGAAUUAGCCUACCUAAGAAACGGUUAUAAUCUGUAUGUGUUAACAGGCAAAAUCUGGACACAAGUGAAGGAAUUGUCAUGUGAUAACUUGUUAUUAGUAUCGCACGGUGACUUUAUCUAUAUUCUAAACAAAGAUGAGAAAGUAGUAUAUAGGAUGAAUCCUAAUAAGGAAAGUAUGCCUUUGGAAAAGUUUACAGAAUUUCCAGAAAAUAAUAAUUCUGUUGUGCAUACAGUGUUUCUUCAAAAUAAUCUUGUGCUGUUUUGCUCUGAGACUCAAAAUGGGAUUGACAAGACCGCUGUUUAUAAAAUGGAGAUUCCGUCAAAAAUAUGGACCAGGUUAACGAACCUUCAUGGACCAGCCAAACAGCUGAUUAGUUUUAAAAAUGACAAGCACGACUACAUUUUACAGACAAAUGGCAGUUUGUGGCUGGUACUUUAUUCAUCUCACACUGGAAACAUUGGCUUUAAAUUUCUCGUUAAACUUUGGAAUUUUACAAAGAAGUUGUUUGGUGGCUUUACUUUUCAAAAUAAGCUGAUAAUUUGUGGAAACAAACUAGAUACGGACCCAACACAUGAGAAAAAAUUAAGUGAAGUUCCACAUCACUUUAAAUGUAUUCGUUAUCUGGGAGCUGAUGACGAAAAUGUCUCAAAUUUCAUUCCAGUCACCAUACCCAAAGCUUACAUUCUUUAUGAAAAACGUUGA